UCAUAAACAGCUCGUCUACCACCUCGGUAGUUUGCUAGCCAACAUAGCCGAAAGAUUCAAGCUAUUUAUACGCUUUCGGUCUAUAUUAGCUACUGUGUUUUAGACACACUUCUGUCGUAUCUACUUGUUAACCUAUUUAAUUUAACGUUAUUUUUUAUUAGUCAGCUAUAGUAGCUGGCUGGUUAAGUUAGCAUUAGCCUAGUCGCUAAUGAUAGCUAGCUAGCUAACAUCCCCGAACAUGAGCUCCCUAAACUACUCCCCUCCUGUUAAAGAAGAGGAGGUCUGCUGGACGGAGAAAGAAGCUCUGGGGCUGAACAUUGUCGUGAAAGAGGAGAAGGAAGAGGAGGAUGUUGCAGUAAAACAAGAAGUAGAGGGUGAGGCUGUUACAGUGAAAGAGGAGGAUGGCGUUUUUGGAGUGAAGAAGGAAGGGGAGAUUAUUGUCACAUUGAAAGAUGAAGAGGAGGAGAUAGGAGAUAUGAUUAACACCAGAGAGAGACAGGACUAUCGUGGAUCCUCUGGGGAGCCUCAACAACAUCAUGAUGCUGAAGAGGCAGAGAAGAGUCCCUCCAGAUCAGAACUCCUCAAGAAACACCUGCAGAGACCCACAGGGAAGAAAUCUCACUGCUGCUCUGACAGUGGGAAAAUAUUAAACUCCUCAGUAAAACUUGAAGUACAUCAAAGAAUUCACACUAAAGAGAAACCUUUUGGCUGUACUCAAUGUGGGAAGAGUUUUGUUCGUUCUAACUGUCUGAAGAGACACCAGAUAACACACACAGGAGAGAAAGCUUUUAGCUGUAAUCAAUGUGGAAGGAGUUAUACCCUGUCAGGUAGCCUGAUAGCACAUCAGAGAACACACACAGGAGAGAAACCUUUUAGCUGUACUCAAUGUGGGAAGAGUUUUUUUCGUUCUAGCUGUCUGAAGAGACACCAGAAAACACACACAGGAGAGAAACCUUUUAGCUGUAAUCAAUGUGGAAAGAGUUUUACUGAGUCAAGAAGCCUGAUAUCACAUCAGAGAACACACACAAGAGAGAAACCAUAUAGCUGUACUCUAUGUAGGAAGAGUUUUGUUCUUUCUAGCAGUCUGAAGGUACACCAUGGAACACACACAGGAGAGAAAUCUUUUAGCUGUGAUCAAUGUGGGAAGGGGUUUGUUAGUUCUUGUGGUCUGAAGGUACACCAUAGAACACACAGGAGAGAAACCUCAUAGCUGUUAUCAAUGUGGGAAUAGAUACUCUGAUAAACAAUCUCUGAUCAAACAUCAGAAAAUACAUGGAGUUGUUUCAUGAUAUCAAUGAAAUAAUGUACAAUGUAGAAUGUUUUAACAUUGUAGUAGGAGAAUUUUAAUGAUGUCACAAUGUAGAACCCUAAACGAUUGUCCCCUGUUCUAUUGAUUUCAACAUGAUAUGGAUAUUAGCCUCAGGGGGAAAAUCCAGGUUCUGAAAUGAAAGAGUACUAUUUGAGAUUUAACAAAGUGAUUAACAAAAAAAGAGUUGUUACACUUACCACGUUGGCGACCCACUGGAAUCAAAAUGCAACUCUUCAAAAUGUAGCUAGCUGUUUUCUACAAAUUGUCCUCUAACAAGUGAUGUACACAUUAUUCCCAGAUUCCGUGUGGUUUUUGAGCUGUUAGUUUUAACAGGACUUGCAACCUCAUCUCCCUCCUCUCGCACAAUUGAUUUCAACAUGAUAUCGAUGAGUUAUGACAAAUAAGUGUUGUGUUCCUUUGUUUAGCGACCCCUAAAUUGAAAUGCAUCACUCCAAAAUGUAGCUGACUGUCUUCUGCAGGUUGUCCUCUAACCAGUGAGGUAAAAUAUAUCUCCCAUUUCCAUGUGUUUUUUUAGUUGUGCUAGUUUCAACAGCAUGUACAAC